AUGGCGACUACAAGCGACCAGGCCACUCUUCUAGACACCGCGUCGCCCGCAGACAUCAAGACAGCCGCUGCGCAUACAGAGACAAAAGAAGGAGAGGUUUGUAGUCAAGAGAACACAUUGGACUUCGAUCCUUCGCCUGUCAUAUACAGAAAGUCUGCGCCCGACGUCGAGAAGCCAAUUGGUACCCAAGAGCAAGUUGCUAUCGAAGAUUCAACAGAUGUCAAGACCGCGACUCUUGGUUCCCCCUUCCCCUCACCCAAGCUUGUUGCGGAAGACAACAGGAGUGUUGCCUCUCUUGAAGAUGGAGAGAUCAUAGAGCAAGACCUUGACGGCGCAGUUGGAACGAGCUCUGUGACUAUGCAAGAGCAACAAGAGCAAGUUGACGAGAAGGCGGAGUCAAAGCUUGCAUCUCAAAUCGCCAAGAAGGAAGCUCCUCUGGCAUCGCCCCCUGGACUGCAUGUCGAGGCCACCAAGACCGACGUCGACACCGGAGCCGAGGACAGCGACGUCAAGACCGACACAGACGCGAAUAUCGAGGUUCCGAAGCCUUCGAGGCCAGCUCAUAGUCUACCCCCACACAUGCGCCCUGACUUCCAGUCGCCUCCAUCCCGCCUUUUCGGCCUUCCGGACCCGAGGCAAAUCAUGUCGCCAAACGAGGUCAUUCGAUUCCACGAUGCUCAGCGCGCUCGUUUCCACUUCAACUCUCACGGAUCCCGAGGAGGCGACCACGGCGAUCGCGAACAAGUCGUCCGCAUGAACGCACAGGUCAUGAAGCUAAAGAACGAACUCGAUGCCGAGCGCAACAAGGGCGUGCGUCUCCGCAAGUCUAUCGAAGCUGAGCAGCAACACAAGGUCGAAGCCGCAUCAUCCGUCAUGUUGACGAACCUCCUCCGCGACCAAGCCACAACCCUUACGCUCAAGUCCAAAGUCGAAGCCCGAGAGCGUGACCUCGAUGAACGCGAGCAGAAGAUCGCACAGUUCGAAGUCUAUCUCUCUGAAGGCCAGAAGCAGCUCAUAUACGCGCUAGAAGAGAACGGCGAUAGACCGAUGAGUGCCGUGCAGAUGGAACACGCCCGCCGCGAAGCUGAACUCCAUGCGCAGAAAGCCAUGGCUGAUAUGAACGGCAAACUCAACAUCAAGAUCGAAGCCCUCCGUCUUCGCGAAGCAGCCCAACAAAUGCGCGAGCAAAACUGGAAAGCUAUUGCCCGCGAGCAACUUGAAGCCGAGUUCGCCGAUAACUCCAUCACUCAUGAGAAAGCUGAUGAGGUUGCGGAGGAGGCGUAUAACGAUGGGUUUGGCGCGGGUAAAGAAGCGGGCCGUAAAGAAGCACUCAAGGAAUCGCACCAGCGCGGAUUUCUCGAGGGAUAUGGCGCGUGUCAUCGUACGCAGGUCACUUUGAGUAAAGUGCGUCAGGGCCUUAUCGCGAGGGAUGAUCCGGAGCUGGACUUCUUGUAUGAUGCCAAUCAUCCUCACAACCUCUACACCAUUGGCUCUCUUCUCGGUCGCAUGGAAACUGAGGACAGCAAGCAAGCGACUGCGAAGGCUGUUGGUCAGAAGGAGAUGGUUGCUGAAAAAGGCAACCCCGUUCCUGAUAGGAAGAUCGAAGCUGCUGAGGAGAGUCCGAGGAUGGGUGGCAAAGUCAACGGCCACACCAACGGCCCCAACGGCGGUCAUCCCAACGGCAUCAACGGCAACACCAACAGCAACAUGAUCCACAAGCGCGAAGAACCCGCCAUCAAGAUGCCUCCGCCCCGCCCGACCUUCGCCGCCGAACUCCGCGGCCCCUCGCUGACACACAACGGACAUAUCGUUCUUGCUAAUAACGUCGCGUCGCCUGUUGCCAAGGAGACUGGUCGUCCGAUCAUCAAGUACGAGGAUGAGGGCGUGAAUCUGAUUGAUCUCAUGUAG